UUGGAUGUCAAUUUGGUACAUCAUCACUACCUACCAGAGAAAGGGACCUACCUACACAGUAUAAUUGCUUUUACAACUGGGCCUAGUGUAUAGUGAGGAGAGACAUUCACUGAGUGAAGGAUGGAUUACGUAGAGGCCUUCAAUCAGAAAUUGAUGGUACUGGCCCACGUCACCAUUGUUGGAGAUGAAGCUACCGAUGAUUUUCAGAUGUUAUCAUCUGCCUUGGACUGUCAGAUAGCAGAUGAACUCCUGACUUCACUGGGAAGAUUGCAGAAAUACGCCUCUAAUGACAAUGGCUUCAAUAGGCAAAUGGCAGCAAGGGGUCUACUGGACUCGUUGCGGACAAUCUGUGACCCGGAGGACCGUGACAUGGGGUUGGAGGUCAUGCUUCGGCUAUCGGAGGACCAGGAGCCUAUGGUCCGAGCCGAGCUGAUGGAACAAAUACCCCACAUAGCCAUGUUAUGUCAGGAGAAUCGCAACUUCUUCCCCAACACUGUGCAGGAUUACAUCCUACCUACCGUGGUGCGCUACCUCACCGACUCCAAUAAUCAGGUGCGCAAGACCAGCCAGGCAGCUCUACUGGUUCUCCUAGAACAAGAUCUCCUAGAUAAGAGAGACAUUGAAGAGCAAGUCUGCCCCAUCCUCAUCCAAUUAUCUGGACAAGGAAGCUCGGAAGAUUACCGAAAUGAAGCUGUUGCUCUGAUGAGUAAAGUUGCCCCAUUGGUUGGACGAGACAUUACAUUAAAACUUGUGCUUCCACAGUUCUCGGAGCUGUGUUCGGACAGUAUGUUCCAUAUACGCAAGGUUUGUGCUGCUAACUUUGGGGAUAUAUGUAAUGUGGUUGGAGAAGAGCCGACAGAAAAAUUAUUGCUACCUAAAUUUGAAGACCUAUGUGAGGAUAGUGUUUGGGGAGUACGUAAAGCAUGCGCGGAGUGCUUCAUGGCGGUAUCGUGGGCAGUGUCGAGGACUGUACGCAAGGAUAACCUCUCACCUCUCUUUGUCAAACUCUUAUGUGAUCCAUCAAGAUGGGUACGAAUGGCUGCUUUCCAAACUUUAGGCCCUUUCAUCUCAACCUUUGCUGAUCCAGCCGUCUCAGGUGUUCAAGUCGUUUACAAUCCCGACGGAUCGGUUCAAAUCGCGAGUGUAGUCGAUAACAAUGAUUCAGAAUCUGACGAAAUCCCUUCCUUAGUUUUCUCGGAAUCGUCAAAUCAGUCUUCCUCAACAACAGAGCAAUCCGGAGCCGAACAAAGAACUCAUUAUACGAGCGAAACCGUCGCUAUGGAGGUUGAUGAAACCCUCGGAGCCUCGGGAACGAUCAUUCUCGGCCAAGGAGCAGGCCCUCUAGAGGCCGAUUCAAACCAGGCAUCGCAUGCCUCUAGUAACAUUCACCAGGGUAUCGGACAUGUAGAAUUCACAAUGGAUGCAAGGGCUGUUGAAUAUAAGCCUGAAAUCUCAUCAGAUUUUAACUCGUUCCUGUUCUGGCGGAACCCGAUCCCGGUGAUAGACGCUCGACCGAAAUGCACCGAGGACGAUGAGGAAUCGUCAUCAACGGAACGAUUCACAACGAUGGCUGAGCUUACCUUAGAGACCAACAAUCCACCCAAUGAGAAUAGCCAACAACAAGAAUCACCCGACUCGGGUAUCAAUAGUCCAGCGGGGGCUCCCGGAUCCCCUGCCGGUAGCGACGGCGAAGGUCCCUCAUCAGAUGGUGAACAGAGUAAAGAGAUUAAAGAUGACACACAGAAUGUCACGGAAGACAUCAGCGGGCAGAUGUCUGACGUACAUCUAGAGGAAGCAACAAAUCCCGAGCCGGAAGAAAUUGACAAUAAUGCAAAUGUAAACACGUCUAGUGAGAGUAAAGGGGAAUCCCCACCCCAGGGGGAAUCCCCUGCCCAAGGUGAAUCAUCAGGUGGUAUGGAGCUCCAUAAAGCUAAUCUGACAGAAGCCGAUCAGGUCUUAGAGACAGUGUCUAACAUCUGCAGCACGCAUGUGAUUGGUCAGCGUUUAAACGAGAAGACGUUGACGUUUGUCAAUGGGAUUGUGGAAGAGGAGGUUGUUCCUGAAUGGUCCGACUCGGAUCCGUCUGCGAAUACAUCCACCGAGGCGCGUACACCGGAACGUAUUCCAAGACAAAUGCAGGAUGUGAUUCCAGCUGAGUUACUAGAUCUCUACCUCUCCAUGACGGACUCGAGUCGAGCCCAAACUGUAGAUACUGAGAUAGCGAGGCACUGUGCUUUCAGUCUGCCUGGCGUGGCGUUAACAAUGGGACGUAAGAAUUGGAUGUGCCUCAAGGAAGUCUAUGAGAUACUGGCAUCAGACAUGCAGUGGAAGGUUCGUCGUACCCUGGCGUUCUCAAUCCAUGAGAUGGCCCUCAUCCUCGGUGAUGAGGUCACUACAGUCGACCUGGUACCCAUCUUCAAUGGGUUCCUUCGAGAUUUGGAUGAAGUACGCAUCGGAGUACUCAAACAUUUUGCCGACUUUGUUAAGUUAUUGAAGCCAGACCUUCGUAGACAGUAUCUGAGCAGAAUGACUGAUUUCUUGACAACGGAUAACACUCGCAACUGGAGGUUUCGUCUUGAACUUGCUGAACAACUGAUCUUACUGUGUGAUAUGUACGACCCCGGAGAUGUUUGUGAACAUCUGUUCCCGAUCGCGUUAUCGUUGGCUGGAGAUAGAGUUGCUGAUGUAAGAUUCACUGCUUAUAGAUUGCUUGGUGUGAUCAUGAAGAGGAUUAACAUGUCCGGUAAUCCUGUGUUGCGUCAAAAUUCCAUCGAUGGUAUCAUCAAUAAAUACGCCAAGAGUGAUCGCUGGUUUGGACGACAAACGUUUGCUCAUCUGUGUCAGAGCCUGAUAGACGUACAGUCGAUAGACAACGAGCAAUUCGCUCGUGAUUUAUUACCGAGUCUACUCCUCCUAGCAAACGACUCUGUACCUAAUGUCCGUAUCACGCUAGCAAGAUUAUUAACUCAAUAUGUACUGCCUAUAGAAUUUUACCAAACUAUGGCGAAUCCAUGCUAUGAGAAGAUGAUUGAAGUUCUGACCGAGUUGCAGAAAGAUUUAGACCAAGACGUGCGUUAUUUCAGUAGCUGUAGUCUUUCCAACAAUCUCCACAACAUACAAGUAGAACCACCAGUUUAAAGCUUCAGUGACCUGACACCAUAGCUAGACACCAACGCCUCCAUGAGUCGCUGUUGAUUUAUAAGUAAUUCUAACAAAGAGGGUAACUUGUUUCAGCUUAAUUUUUGUAAUCCAACCGUCCAGUUAUCACCAGGUUUUAGUAUCGGACGCUAUCAAUGUUACUGAAGGAUAUUUCAAAAGUGUGGAGGAAUUGUGUUCAUAAUUUUUUGUUCAUGGAAUUUCUUCCCAAACAAGACUAAAGGCCACUUUAUAGGCGGUCGCACGGUAGUUGCGCAAUGGAAAUCUUGACGCGUGAUCCUAAAAGUCAUCGCCAAGGCAUAUAAACUGUUUUUUUUUUAAUGAUCGACGCAUCAAGAUUUCCAUUGUGUGACCAUCGUGCGCCUGACUUUAACCCAUCACUCUUGCUAGGGGCAACAAGAAAAACAUCUACGAUUGAUGUAAAGUUGAACUUUCUGAAGUUGAGUGAUAUUCAUUCGGUAUUAUUACUGACUUUUACCUUCCGUCAAAGAACAAUAUUGUUAAAUUUGGUUUUACCCAUAUACACCGAUAUGUGUUAGCACUGUACAAGCAUUCUCAGUACUUUCCAGAGCUCUGUCAACAAAAUUACAGGCAUAUGAGUAAAGCCAAAAUUAAUAUUCUUUAUUCCUGAUGAAAACUUCCAUCUAUUAAACAAUAGUUGAUUUCGUCAUUUGUAAAAUUUUUGUCCAGGAACUUUUAAGAGAUUCUACAAAAAGCAAUACUUGGCCUGACAAUGACUUGCAGUAGGGAUUGGUGAUAACACACUGUUUGUGAGCAUGGGGCUAAUGACACCUUAAGGACAAAAAUUACCCACUCAAAAUAAACAAUAUCACAAUAUUAUCUGCAAUAUUUAUACUGUCUGUUAUUAUUUGAACUAAGCAGUCGGUUGAUGAUAUUUUCAGGCAAUCUCUGAACAUCGUGUUGAGUAUUUGGGCGGUAAACUGACACGAUCUCAACUCUUAAACCUCAUUUUCUCAUCAGGGAUUUAUUUAAUAUUAUUUUGUAGAGUUCAAAACAAAAUACGUCCCCACCUUUUGCAGCAUUUUGUUUGUUCCCAGUGUUUAUACAAAUUAAGUUUAAAUCGUCAUAUCUAUUAAGACUUCUUUGAUCAAAGUAAGAGAAAGUUAUAGAUGAGUAAACAAAAGAAAUAAGUUAUCGACGAGUACGAAAACUGAUCAAUGUUCACUGAUCGUGAUUUGUGUAAACAAUGCCAAAUCUUUCUGGGUCUGAAUUUGGCUAUACCGGGCAGGCAAUCUUCCUACUUUUAGUCCGAUUUCCGAUUCGUUUGCUCUUGGGAAAAAUCUUAAUAUUUUUGAUUUAGUAGCCUUAAAUUCUAUUAAAGACUACACCGUGUGAAGAGGUAGGUCUACCCUUGAACUCAAUAAAAUGUUCCUCCCUUUUUUUCUCCCAAGGUUCAAAUAUCAUGCCUGCCAUACAUUUGAACAACGUUGAGAACUUCCUUAUUUAGUUUGAUUUCCGAUUUUGUUUGCCCAUGGAAAAGUGUUUUGAUUAAAUACAGUGGACACUAUUGGUAAUUGUUAAAGACCAGUCUUUUUACUUGGUGUAUCGGAACAUAUGCAUGA